UGAGGAAACCUUUAGACUGACACUGGUGGGACCUUGUUCUGAUGAUAGAGGGCACUUUAUUAAUCUGAGGGUACCCUGAAACAAAUCCUAAAGGGUACCCUGACACUAGUGACUGAGGAAACAUUAACACUGAGGGGUUCCUUGACAGCUACAGUGCAGGUAAUGGAUUUUCAAUAUUAUCAGAGCUUUAUCUCUGUGCUGUGACUGAAGUAUGAUCAUGUCAUAGAAAUAGGAGGCGUGCUUGUUCACACUCUGACACCCAGACAUCUGAGUUCCUGUUCUCUCUUCAGUCUGAAGAUGAAGCUGGUUAUAAGCAGCUGCAUGUUAGCCUUCAUCCUGGGCUGUAAUCUCACCUCAGCAAUCGUUCAUGUAGUGGUCCAGGAGAAGGACCCAGUCCUUUUGAAAUGUCCUCGCUCUGUGGAGGGUAAAGUGACGUGGAGCAGAGAGAGGGGCGGAAACAAAGUGGACAUCCUUACAACUGACGGUGACCAGGACAUAAAACACAUCCACGAUCCUCAUAAACAUUACAGUUCAUUGGCGGACAAAUCUCUAGUGAUUUUCAAAAUGAAGAUUUCAGACUCUGGACGAUAUUUCUGUAAUAAUGAAGCAGCUGUGGAUCUGACUGUGCUCCCAUCAGGAACACACAUUUAUGAAACUCAAGAGACGUUAGAGGUCACUCUGAUCUGCCCUCCUGAUGUUGGAGGAUCAGAGGAUCCAAAGUGGAGCACAGACGCUGGUGAAAUACAACAAGGAGGAAGGAUUCAAGUCUCAACAGUUAACAACACACUGACUAUCAGAGACCUGCAGCCUGCUGACUCCGGUCUUUACUACUGUGGAGGAAAACCUGCUGAGUACCUGAAGGUGAUCACACAUGAUCCGUCUGAGAGAGGUGAAAAGGCAGAAACAACAACAACUGUACCUUUAACUACACCGGCACACCGUGACACGACUAAAACAAGGAAACAAAACAAGAAACCCAAAGGAGAAAAGGACAAGAAGAAGGGGAAGAAGACAACAACUACACUGACCACCACAUCAACACAACCAACACUCACAGUACGACACAGAAUCUAA